CAACAACAUAAGGGGGGAAACAUGAUGGGAGUAUGACGGCUGCCACACGGCUGAUAUCAAGGUUGACGCUGGUCACUGGAGGAGGCAGUGGGAUCGGACGGGCGGUAUGUCAGCGUUUGGCCUCUGAGGGCGCCUCCGUGGUGGUGGCAGACAUCAGCGAGGAGUCUGCCAACGAGACCAUGGUGGGUCUGCAGAAUGAGCUCAGAGGACAGGGUCACAUGGCGGCUGUGGUGGAUGUGUCAUCAAAAGAGAGCGUGAAGAAGCUGGUCACCAGAAUACAGCCUCCCUCAGUGUGUGUGAACGCAGCAGGCAUCACGCAGGACCACUUCCUGCUCAACAUGGAGGAGGAUCACUUUGACAGAGUCAUCCAGGUCAACCUGAAGGGCUCCUUCUUGAUCACUCAGGCUGUGGCUCAGGCUCUGGUGGCCUGUGGAGCACCCAAAGGAUCCAUCAUCACCGUGGGCAGCAUCGUAGGAAAGCGAGGCCGAGAAGAACGAGUGCAGCGAUGAUGGCGAUGAUGGCGAUGAUGGGAUGACGGUGUUCAUGGGAUUCACUGUUGAGCACAAAUCAACAAACCACAGUUACAACCUGUGCAGAUGAAGCAGGUUAGAGGAGGAGAACAUGUGCCAAGCAGA